CCGCCCAGAGCCGGAGGCGCCGGGGCCCGGGGAGAAGGCGGGGCGGGCGGGCGAGCGGGCCGGGGGGAGCGUGGGGGAUGGCGCGGACCCCGGGGCCGGCCCCGCUGUGUCCCGGAGGCGGCAAAGCACAACUUUCUUCUGCUUCUCCCCCCGGAGCCGGGCUCCUGCUGCCGCCCCCGACGCCACCGCCGCUGCUGCUGCUGCUCUUCCCUCUGCUGCUCUUCUCCCGACUCUGUGGUGCCUUAGCUGGACCAAUUAUUGUGGAGCCACAUGUCACAGCGGUAUGGGGAAAGAAUGUUUCAUUGAAGUGUUUAAUUGAAGUAAAUGAAACCAUAACACAAAUUUCAUGGGAGAAAAUACAUGGUAAAAGUUCACAGACUGUUGCAGUUCAUCAUCCUCAAUAUGGAUUUUCUGUUCAAGGAGAGUAUCAGGGAAGAGUCUUGUUUAAAAACUAUUCACUUAAUGAUGCAACAAUUACUCUACAUAACAUAGGAUUCUCUGACUCCGGAAAAUACAUAUGCAAAGCUGUUACAUUCCCACUUGGAAAUGCCCAGUCCUCUACAACCGUAACUGUGUUAGUUGAACCCACUGUGAGCCUGAUAAAAGGGCCAGAUUCUUUAAUUGAUGGAGGAAAUGAAACAGUAGCAGCCGUUUGUAUCGCAGCCACUGGAAAACCAGUUGCACAUAUUGACUGGGAAGGUGAUCUUGGUGAAAUGGAAUCUACUACAACUUCUUUUCCAAAUGAAACAGCAACGAUUGUCAGCCAAUACAAGCUGUUUCCAACCAGAUUUGCUAGAGGAAGGCGAAUUACUUGUGUUGUGAAACAUCCAGCCUUGGAAAAGGACAUCCGAUAUUCUUUCGUAUUAGACAUACAGUAUGCUCCUGAAGUUUCAGUAACAGGGUAUGAUGGAAAUUGGUUUGUAGGAAGAAAAGGUGUUAAUCUCAAAUGUAAUGCUGAUGCAAAUCCACCACCCUUCAAAUCUGUGUGGAGCAGGUUGGAUGGACAGUGGCCUGAUGGUUUAUUGGCUUCAGACAAUACUCUUCAUUUUGUCCAACCACUGACUUUCAAUUAUUCUGGUGUUUAUAUCUGUAAAGUGACCAAUUCCCUUGGUCAAAGAAGUGAUCAAAAGGUCAUCUACAUUUCAGAUCCUCCUACUACUACCACCCUUCAGCCUACAAUUCAGUGGCAUCCCUCAACUGCUGACAUCGAGGAUCUAGCAACAGAACCUAAAAAAUUGCCCUUCCCAUUGUCAACUUUGGCAACAAUUAAGGAUGACACAAUUGGCACUAUCAUUGCUAGUGUAGUGGGUGGGGCUCUCUUCAUAGUACUUGUAAGUGUUUUGGCUGGAAUAUUCUGCUAUAGGAGAAGACGGACGUUUCGUGGAGACUACUUUGCCAAGAACUACAUUCCACCAUCAGAUAUGCAAAAAGAAUCACAAAUAGAUGUUCUCCAACAAGAGGAGCUUGAUUCUUAUCCAGACAGUGUAAAAAAAGAAAUCAAAAAUCCAGUGAACAAUCUAAUACGUAAAGACUAUUUAGAAGAGCCUGAAAAAACUCAGUGGAACAAUGUAGAAAAUCUCAAUAGGUUUGAAAGACCAAUGGAUUAUUAUGAAGAUCUAAAAAUGGGAAUGAAGUUCGUCAGUGAUGAACAUUAUGACGAAAAUGAAGAUGACUUAGUUUCACAUGUAGAUGGUUCCGUAAUUUCCAGGAGGGAGUGGUAUGUUUAGCAACCAUUAAAUGUGACUUAACUAUGUACAAUGUUUCAUUCAUACUAGUUGAUCAUUUUCAGAUUGUUCAUACUUUUUCUUGAGGAAGAAUAAGCUUUUUCAAAUUGAUUUUGAAGCUUUUUAUAUUCUAAUCUGAUAAAUGAAAAUGUAAAAUCUGGGUUCAGUGUAUCUAAGCUGCUUUACAAUUUUUUUCAAUGCUGUACUACUGUCUCAAGAUUUAAAUUUAAUGCAGAGUACUUUAUUGGUCUGAGGCACACAGGUAAGAAGACAUGUCAACAUAAAGUGUAUGACUUUUUUGGUACAAAAAUUAAAAAAAAAAAGGAAACUACCUUGGCAUUGUGUAUUAAAUGUUUACCUAAGACUAUAAUCUUAAGUAUAAUGUUUGUUAAACAUAUACCUCUCAAAAUUUAUCACCACUAAAUGAUAGUGCAUCAAAAUUGACUAUAAAAGUAAUUCAAGAAAUGUUUAUAUAUAUUUUUAGUAUACAAAAAAUAUUUAGCCUGAUGGAACAUCUUUCCUUUUCAAACAUUAUUUUCUAAGUUUCUAUACAAAUGGAAUCUUUACCUCUGCAUUUUAAUGAGCCUUGCCAUAAUUACUGUAGAGUGGCUUUUCAAAGAUAUUUUGUUGCACUAAAACUGUGGUAGUAAACUCAGUGAACAUUAUGUGUGGAAGAGCAUUAUUAGCUGGUCAAUAUUUUUGUCUAAAAUAUCUACAAAAGUAAUAAAAUACAUGCCUUUUAAACAUAAUUACUACAGUUUUUUUCAUCUCUGGAAAAAAAUUCUUAUAUUGUCAUGUGAACAUGGAUUUUGAUUCAUUAGUGGUAGUCUUACUUUAAUGCUUUAUGUCCUAACUAUACACUUAGUAAUGAAAGAUGGUACACAGUUAAGUACAGUGCAAAGAAAGCAUUUCAGUAUAUUGGAGUACUAGUUUUAGAAAUGAGGCAUUUCAACCAAGAAUCUAUAAAAAGAAUUUUCUACACCAUCUUGUUUUAGUCAUUUAAUGUUGAUGUUCAAACGGGUAAAUGUACAGAAAAAAUACUUAGAAUAAACUUGGAAAUUUGGGAUUUAACUAGAAAAAUCUGAAUUAUAGAACCAACCAAUAAUACUUGCUGAUGGAUAUUGGCAGUUCAUCUCUUUUUUCCUCCUAAAUGUAUGUAUGUAUUUCAAAAGUUUUGUUUUUCCAAUUAAAACUGGAAACAUACCAUGA